CGAACGUUGAACGAUUUUGAUUCCAUAUUUUUGCGUAUCAGCGAGAUGAUUUUUCGUAUCGAUUUUUAUUCUAAAAAUGUGUAAAUUCUGUUCGAUUGUGUUCCAAUUGUAAUUUAGCACCGAAUUACUGAGCCCCUUCCGGCUGUAGUUGACGUAUUUACGAGGGUAUCAUCGGAUUAAAGAUGACUUCCGAUGCUGUCCUGCAACAGUAUCUGGAGCUUUGCUCCGGGAGAAUCGACCGGUUAGGUUAUCAGCUGGCUUCGAACGCCGUACUGGAGUGGAAUGGAGUAACUAUCCGUUUUAGUGGUAGAAUUGUAAAAUUCCUUCGCCAAAAAUUACAUACUGGGCUGGUUCAACAUUUCUCGAACGCCUGCGCGGUGGAACCAUUCGAAGAUCGUCAGACACAUGUUUCCACCAAAAUCAUACCACCGGAAAAUUUGGUUUUAUCAGCGAGCCCCGCUCUAGAAGAACUAGAGUCGCCGGAACUUCCCGUCUCGCCCAGUACAAGCGGCUGUGAAUUUACCCCAACCCGCGAGGAUCUAAGCUUUGAAACGCCUCCACGAACUCUACCGGCAGCGCCACACCCUCCACCCGUGACUGCCGGUCGUCAAUUCCUGCCCCUCUCGAGUGAUGAUGAAGAUGACGAACAGCCAUCCGCUACCAAGCGCACCAAUAGUUCGCCAUCUCCGAUAGAACCUCGACAAAAUGCUUACUCCGAACUUUACUAUCUGGAAGCGACCGGUACCGUGCGGAUGACAAACGAACAAAAACAUCGUGGUACCCGUACCACACAUCACAUUCCCCGGCAGGAAACGUCGCCGGAUGGCUCCAGUCAGUCACAAACACCCGUACGCUCCAUUGAUCGAGCCGCCGAAAAACGAACCCGUCUGAAAAUUUCCUACCGGAAGCAUCUCCGCUCACAGGAGAUUCAGUUUGCCCUGAUCAUCUACGAGCAGGAAUCAACCCGUUCGGCUACCGUUCGAAGGAACCUGUUCUGUGGCGAACAACAACCGACUGUCGAUUCCGGAGAGGAAACAACCUCUCCGACACGCCGAACGAAUCCUGCUUCCGGGGAAGCCACCCCACUGCCAGAAUCUCCUCCCACGGUUGAACCAGAAGUUGCCGCACCGCCACAAACAUCUCCGGUACAACCACCAGGAACUCCCUUCAAACGCCGUCGUGUUCCGCCAAUGGUUGUCGGUAGGCGAACUUCUCCGCGAAGGGUUCGAGGAGAUGAGUUCGGUUUGGGUUCGACCAGUAGUAGUAGUACUAGCAGUCCUGUGAAUGUUCAAAAGACGUGGCCACGAAAGCAUCAUCAUCAAAACGAGGAAGGUGGAUCCUCGGCGAAAAAUCGCAAGCUUGCAAAUGUUCCCACGACCAUCAGGAAACCGUUGCGGUUCUAGUUCGCUCGGAAACCGUUUUUCAACUUUUGUUCGUUGUAAUUGUUUUAUUUUUAACGUUUAGAUUGUAAAUAUAUUUUGUAGAAUAUAUUUCAAAUACUCGAAUUGAUUAGGAAAAAAAAGCGGAU